AUGGCUAUAUCAUUGAUUAUAUACAGAUUUCAAAAUAUCACAAGUCAUGAUAAGCUACUAAAAGACAAAUUAAUUAAAGCCUUAAUUAGCCAUAUUGAUCUGUACCAAAUUUGCAAAAAUGAAAUCUUAGCAAACGUCAAAAACAAAGAACUGGAGAUUGCUAUAAUCGAAAAAUCCAUCUCUCACCUUCACGUUACUACACAAAGCAGGAAAAAAGAAAUUGAAUAUCUGAGAUACCUUUCUUCUGAGAUAGUUCCCCUAAUAUUCCCUCGUAAUGCUUUGAAAUCAACGAUACUAACGUCUCUACUACAAGAAUUGAUAGCUUACAGGGUCAUAUUACCUUGCAUGGAUAUUAUAACUGAUCCAGAUUUCUUCAAUUAUUUGAUUAUCGUACUAUCCGAAGAAAAUUUGAGCAAAUAUGACGCCGACCACGAACCAAGGAUCAUUUUACUUCAAGGCCUCUGCUCUAAGUAUCCUAUUCAAAAAUCGACCAUCGGCAUAUCUCUGAAAGAAAUAGUUCACAACCAGGAUUUACUUUUUCUCUUCAUGAAUUUUAUGAAAUCGGAAGGCGUUCUGAAUUUAAUCCAAUUUUACAUGUCCUUGGAGGAUUUCAUGAAGCUCAUUCUCAAUCCCGAUCUCAAGUUGCCACAAAUCGACAUACUGAACAGGCAAUGCCAGCAGAUGUACAAGAACUUUUUCGAUCAGUCAUCUUCGGAUAGAAUAGACUUCGACGCAAACACCAUAGCUCAAAUGAAAUACAUCUCGGAAGACAAACCAGAAAACGUCUUAAAAUUGCGCAAUACGUCUCCUCUUUACACGUCUAGAGAACAUGUCGUUUUUUUGCUGGAAAAUACAUUCAUUCCUCUCUUUUGCCAAAGCGGCCCAUACAUCAAUUGGAUUUUAGGAGGCAGAAAUAUGUUCACUCUAGGAAAAGAUAGUCUCAAACCUAACAGGAAAAGUACAGAAAUGCUUGCUGCUGUAUCGAAAUUAGGACACAAGAUAAAGGGGGUCUUCAAAGGUUCUACAGAAGGAAAUCUUAUAUCGUCACCAACCGAAAAUUCAAACCAGGAUCCUAACAGUAUUACUGAUUCGUCGAUGGAAGACGAAAUCGGAUCCGUCGGCAGCGACCUAGCAAACGAUAUAAACGCCCACCAAAAGGAUCUGUCGCUUCUCACCGUUACUAUCCCCAAAAUCGAGUCACGUGUUGAUAAUAUUGGAAGACAAAAUUUCCACUUCAUCAUACACAUUCAAAAAAUAGCGAAUAACGAACACACCGCGAACGAUGUAUUUAUAGCUCCCUUAGACUCUACCUUAACCGACUUAAAUCAGAACGGUAGUUGCGGAUCUGACCAUUCGAUCCCAAGUCUAGACAGUUGGGUAGUUGAAAGGAGGUACUUGGAAUUUUACGUUUUGGAGAGCAAAUUGGUCGAAUUUCACGGUUCAUUUGAAGACGUUCAGCUGCCUACUAAAAGGGCGUUUAGCGCUAAAGACUGGGCCUUCGUCAACGCCAAAAAGUCCCUCUUCGAAAAUUAUUUGCAAAAACUUUGCCAUAAAUCCGAACUGCGAAACAGCGAGCUACUGCACAGUUUUCUAACUUCCCCGAACGAAUUCGUCGAUAACACUAAUUACUUUUUGCCGGACCUCAGCUUAGGAAAGAUGUUCAAAGCACCUUUACGUUUAUUACCCGAAAAAGGGCAGCAUUUGGAACCAUUUAUUCAGUCGUUCAUAUCAUCCACAGAAACUGCCAAAAAUAAGAGCAAAGUGACUUACUACUCCUCCCCCGACGCCUAUAACUACCUCAACAAUGGCAAUAAUCAAAAUGGAAAGUGUGAAAAUAAGAUUUCUAAUAAUUGGCUUGAUAACCCUUUGUAUGAAAGGGACUUCGAAGGGCUUUCUACGUCAAUUAUGUGCGAUGAUUCUAAAUUAGAUGAGAAUGGCUAUAAACGAAACAAAUAUUUUUCCAUGGAUCAACAACACAAGAAAAAACGCAAACAAUACGCCAUAUCAGGAUUUUACGAUUAUUUGAUUUAUCUCUGUUUCAAUAUAUACCACGCGCCAGAAUGGCUGAUAAGGUUGCUCCUAGCUUUUAGGACGGGAAUUAAACCGAUAUUCGAAUCAUUUGUUGCCACCAAAAUAGCUCACAAAACCAAAGUUUUGACUCAUCCAUCUUUCGUUAAUGAUUUGCUGAAAAUGAUCUCUAAAACCAUAUUCCCUACCGUCUUAAAGGAAGCAGCAAAAUCGGCUGAAAAAGAUCAUUCAAAAAAGAGAGAAAGAUACAUAGCGGCCAAAACUUUGCUAAACAAAAAAUCGUCGUUCCUGAAAUGGGUCAUGCCGGAAAAAAAUGUUGAAGGGGGAACCGAUUUGCUGUUCGAAUGCUUUCAACAUCCAAUUUUAAAUAAGCAUUUAUCCUACGUGAUACUUGACAUAAUAAUAUCGGACGUUUUUCCGGAAUUGGCUAAGGAUCAUUCAAAAAAUUGAUUAAUGACAACAUCAGAAACAAUCUCAACGACAGUAUUCCUCCUUAAUAAAAACAUAUAUACAUAUCGUAAUUCGUAUUUAUUAUUAUAUUAAUGAAAUAUAGCAUUCGUCAAAUUU